AUGUCAUUACGUGAAGCAUUCCAUUAUUUACGUGCUCGUCGGCAUAUCAUUGGACCAAAUUUUGGUUUUAUUAAACAAUUAAUUGCUUAUGAAAGAGCUUUAUUUGGUUAUGCAUCCGUUUCAUUUGUGAAUACAUCAUUUGGUUCUGUACCUGAUAUUUAUUUAUCAAUGCCAACAUCACGUCCACUUCGACAACCAACAAGAACAACAAUAUCAAAUCAAACAACAAAUAAUAAUACAUUAGGUAGAACAUUAUCACCAUCAAAAGGAACAAUAAGUAAUUCUUCACCAGUACGUUCAUCUUUUUUGUAUUCAUCAUCUCCAACAUUCUCAUUACCACCACGUCAAAAUUCACUUGUUACACGUUCAACAACAGGUACAUUACCUCCACGAUCAACAACAACAUUAUCUAGUUAUACAAAUACUUACAAUCAUGCUGCUAAUAGUAGUCAUAAUCGUCCGGUGAGUUCAUCUGUAUAUCAAAAUCCUACAUCAACAAUAGGAAAUAAUCAUAUAACAAAUUCUUCAAUAAAUCGGCAACAACCUGAAUUAUCACGUAUAAAUUCUACAUCAACAAGACCAUUUGAAUUAACUCGUGAACUUAUCAUUCCAUCUAAAUUUAAUACAUAUCGAACAGUCAAAUAUGUUCCAUCAUCUUAUAAUCGUUAUCAUCUUCAAUAG